CAACUCCGCGUCGAGAUGUGUUGCGUGCCUGCCUGCGAGAGCCCGCGAUAGCCUACGUAGUCGUGACCUCACCGUUACGGGUGGUUAUGACGUCAAGUGAUGAAGUUCCAGGGACCAAGUCCCCUUAUCACCCGCCUUCUUCCCCCAGCACGUAGGUGAUCGUCAUGUCUUGGCCACGACCAAUUCUGUCUUGAUUCCGCCGAUAUUCUACCCAUAUUCUGCCGGUCGGCGCCCGAAGAAAAGUUCGACCACUAUUCAGCAACAUGGCAGAGACGCACCAGUUUGAUGUAUCGAAGCUCUUCUCGGUGCGAGAUUUCGUCGCCGUAAUCACAGGUGGCGGCACCGGGAUCGGGUUGAUGGCGGCACAGGCACUCUCCGCCAAUGGCGCCAAGGUAUACAUUACCGGGCGGCGGACCGAAGUUCUUGAGAACGCGGCCAGAAGCCACCAGCCGGGGAACGCUAGCGGCGGACGGAUUAUUCCGGUUGGGCCUUGUGACGUGACCGACAAAAAUGACCUCGAGCGGCUAGCGACCGAAAUCGGGCGCCGGGAGCGCUUUAUCCACCUCCUGGUGUGCAACGCGGGGAUCGCGGGCCCCAAAGCGGAGCCUGACGUCGCAGAGGCUACCGAUCUGAAAACGCGAUUGUGGGAAAACGAGGACCUGGCCGACUGGCGCGCCAACUUCGAUACCAACGUAACGGCCGUCUACUUCACAACGGUGGCCUUCCUACCCUUACUGCAAGCAGGUAUACGACCGAGAGGCCCGCUAGAACCGUACUCCAGCUCCGUGAUCACCAUAUCUUCUAUGUCCGGCAUCAUGCGCCGCUCCCAGGGCCACUUCAGCUACAACACGGCCAAGGGCGCAACAGUCCAACUGACGAAGCUCAUGAGCAGCGAGUUCCUCAAAGCGAGUAUCAGGGUUAAUUCGAUUGCGCCUGGGUAUUUCCCUAGUGAGAUGACAGCAAAGAGCAGCGACGAAAGGCAAAAGAGCUACGUGCCGCCGGAAAAGAUCCAAGAUACGGGACACGUCCCGCUCAUGAGGGCCGGGCGCGAAGAAGAGAUGGGGAUGACCGUGCUGUACCUGGCCAAGAAUCAAUACGUCAACGGAGAGAUCAUCGCGGUCGACGGCGGGACUUUGAACGUCCUGGCGGGGCGAUAAUGAGCCGAUC